AUGAACGGGGUGCAAUUUCCGGUCUUGGAGCUGCUCACUAUUUUCGAGCCGGACACCAUACGCCAUCAGUCAUUGGAAUUUAACAGGCACCGCGCUCCCAAUCUUAAAUCACUACAUCUACACGCCAUACGUAGCGAUCAACGAAGUUGGUCAAACCUUCCCCCACUCCAGUUCAUCCACAUCCAUAUCACUACAUUCACAAUCAGGAACAUUUGGCAUCGUAUCUUGAGCGAAUGUCGCAAUAGUCUUCAGAGUGUUGUCCUCACCUCUAGCGUUGGCCUUGAACCCCCAUCUGGACCUCCUAUACGCAUGUCCAAACUUUUAGAUAUACAAAUCCUAGCACCUGAUCAACAUACUCGCGCAAGCGUCGUGGUCGUCCAAAGCUAUCUGCAAAUGCCGGGCCUUUGCAAGCUCUUCGAUCAAUUUGCCAAUUGCGUUGUUGAUCCACCGCAAUGGGACUGUCCGACCCUUGAAGAAUACAUAUUGUGGUACCCCUCUUACGCUCCAGAUAUUUCGCAGUACACUCGCCUGAAACGUGUCGUCGUCGUUUUCUGGGCAGAAGCUCUCGAGAUGGUCCUCAUGCCAUGUCUGAUGCAACUUAUGGCAUUUGGUGACGAUGUACUACCAAGCCUGACAGAACUCCGAUAUGCCAUAGAGUAUAGGAGGACAUGGGAGCCAGAUCCAAACGAAUGGAGGAAUACGAUGGUCAGCGCUAGAAGAAUGAUCACGCAGAUUCGGAAGAGACGCCCACAAUUGAGAAUUUCUACCUGCCGACCGGUCGAUAUACUCGACCUUCCACACGGGCUUUUGCAGUGCUUCGAAGGACACCCUUGUUGUGGACUGUAA